UUUCAAAGGGAACCAGCCACCCAUGAUUGAGCCGGCAACGGUACUUGUUAACAGACUCACAGACCUGCCUAUGGGACUGCAGCCACAGGACGCAGAGAGAGACAAGUUCCCCAAGCUUCAGCAUCCCACCACAGAUUGGGCAACUUCUUCUUCUCUACUAAAUGAACUUCUGCUGAGGGGGUCUCAUUUUGACAUCGUCUCCUGCAGUGAUCAAAGCUGGGAAGUUCUGGAAUUUAAAAGAAAAGCUACUUUUCAGGCUACUGCUCUCAAGAUGAUUACCUUGAUUUCACUGGUGGUACUAUUGACUGUGUGGGCUUCCGAUGCCAAAAAGAUUUCACAGACAAACAGUGCAUCUCUUGAAAAGGAUAUGUUAAAUCUCGACAUUCAAGUCAUUCAAAGCCAUGGUUAUGACAAUGAGGAUGUGAAAGGACUGGAAUGGGACAAGCACCACAAGAGAGCACCGCGGGGUGCAGACGACGAGGACACAGGCGCAGGUGAACCUCAGUCUACCUUCUCACGAUCUUAUGAGAACGAGUUCACCUCACCCAGAGCUACCCAGUUCUCUAGCUCAACCCUGGAAACUGGGGCCAACACAGCCUCAACCCUGGAAACUGGGGCCAACACAGACUCAACCCUGGAAACUGGGGCCAACACAGACUCAACCCUGGAAACUGGGGCCAACACAGCCUCAACCCUGGGACCUGGGGCCAACACAGACUCAACUCUGAACACUGGGGCCAACACAGACUCAACUCUGGACACUGGGGCCAACACAGACUCAUUCCUGGACACUGGGGCCAACACAGACUCAUUCCUGGACACUGGGGCCAACACAGACUCAUUCCUGGACACUGGGGCCAACACAGCCUCAACCCUGGACACUAGGGCCACUGUGGCCAACACAGACUCAUUCCUGGACACUGGGGCCAACACAGCCUCAACCCUGGACACUAGGGCCAACACAGCCUCAACCCUGGACACUAGGGCCAACACAGACGUGGAUCAGGGCAACAGCAGCACUACAGGAAGGUGGAUCACCAACAUCCACAACCCUCUGUACCCAGUGACUGACAGUUCCUACACUGCCUACGCUGUCAUGUUCCUGUCCCUGGUGGUGUUCUCUGUGGGGAUUAUAGGGAACCUGGCUGUGAUGUGCAUCGUCUGGCACAACUACUACAUGAGGAGUACCUGGAACUACAUCCUGGCCAGCCUGGCUUUCUGGGACUUCCUGGUGCUCUGCUUCUGUUUACCUGUGGUGGUCUUCAAUGAGCUCACCAAUAAGAGGCUGCUGGGGGACAUCUCAUGCAGAGCGGUACCAUAUAUGGAGGUGACCUCCCUAGGGGUGACAUCCUUCAGCCUGUGUGCCCUGGGUAUUGACCGCUUCAACUCUACCACCUGCUCCCAGCCCAAAAUCCGUCGAGUGGAGAGCUGCCAGUCCGUCCUGGCCAAGCUGCUGGUCAUAUGGCUGGGCUCCAUGGUGCUGGCGGCACCAGAGCUGCUCCUGUGGCAGCUCAGCCAGGCUGUGUCUCCGGCCACAGGGGCUGUGGUGGACUCCUGCACCAUGAACCCCACCUCCAACCUCCCCGAGUCCAUCUACACCCUGGUCAUCAACUACCACGAGUGUCGCAUGUGGUGGUACUUUGGUUGCUACUUCUGCCUGCCCGUGGUCUUCACCCUGCUGUGCCAGCUGGCCACCUGCCACGUGUCCCAUGACGGUAUCCCCCGGCGCCUGGAGGAAGGUUCCACCUCCAAGAAGCAGAAGAUACAACACAGUCAACAGGUGGAGCGCCAGCUCAACUGCACCGUGAUGGCUCUGGCCGUGGUCUACGGCGUCUGCGCCCUGCCGGAGAACGUGUGCAACAUCGUCCUGGCCUACACCGCCAUGCCCAUCUCUGACGACACCGCCACCCUGCUGGCCUUCAUCAACCAGUUCUCCCUGUUCUUCAAGUCGUCGGUGACGCCGGUGCUGCUGCUGUGCCUCUGUAAGUCUCUGAGCCAGGCCUUCAUGGACUGUUGCUGCUGCUGUGCCUCUGUAAGUCUCUGAGCCAGGCCUUCAUGGACUGUUGCUGCUGCUGCUGUGAGGAGUGUCAACCCAGUGGCUCCCAUUCUCCUGGCACCGAGGCCAAACUCAAGAGCACCAACGAGAUGUCCUCCUCCAUCUUCUUUGACAAAGCCAAGGACAGCUCCCCCAUCCUGUCGAUCAGCGGGUCCAGCUGAACUGACCUCUCCUGAUUUCUUUCCUUUCCAUCGCCUAAACUGGUUAGAUGUGGUAACAAAGCAACUCACCUUUCAGCAGUGGACAUUCCAACCUCAACCAUAGACACACCUUUUGUUUUCCAGUGCCAGCGUCACCUUCUCUGUAGCCUUAAUGUCUGUAAUGUCUCUCCUUUUGAUGUUCUCUCCAAAUAGGUACAACACCCCUUCCAGUUUUAAGGUGGUUCAUUUGACAGGAAGUUCAGACAUUGACUAAGUGCAGACUAGGGGGGGGGGGGGCUGGAGAGAAGAAGGAGAAGAGCUCCAUUUAAUAUCCUUGUAGAAGUGUCACCCCAAUGUGUGUACUUUAAGGAUUAUUGGGUCAAAAAUAAACAGAGUAUUAUGUUAGAUUACUA